CAAAGCCCCACCUCCCAGGUCUCUGGCCCCUGAUGUAGCUGCCUUCCUGUGUCACUGGCUCUUGAAUCCAUGGACACAGCCCCAGCCCCAAUGGCCUCCCUUCAAUACUGCUGUUACCAGCUGCCUAAAAUGGGUGACUCCUGGGCCCAGCUGCCCUGGCCGGGGCCACCCCAUCCAGCCAUGCUGCUGGUCUCCCUCCUCUUGGCAGCCGGGGUGAUGCACUCCGAGGCCGGCACCAGCUGUCCAGUCCUUUGCACGUGCCAUAACCAAGUGGUGGAUUGCAGCAGCCAACGCCUCUUCUCCGUGCCCCCAGACCUGCCAAUGGACACCCGAAACCUCAGCUUGGCCCACAACCGCAUUGCCACCGUGCCAGCCGGCUACCUCACAUGCUACAUGGAGCUCUGGGUGCUGGAUCUACGCAACAAUUCCUUAGUGGAGCUGCCCCCAGGCCUCUUUCUGCAUGCCAAGCGCUUGGCACACCUGGAUCUGAGCUACAACAACCUCAGCCACGUGCCAGCUGACAUGUUCCGGGAGGCUCACGGGCUGGUGCACAUUGACCUGAGCCAUAACCCGUGGCUGCGCAGGGUGCACCCCCAAGCCUUCCAGGGCCUGGUGCAGCUCCGAGAUCUGGACCUCAGCUUUGGAGGCCUGGCCUUUCUCAGCCUGGAGGCCCUCGAGGGCCUGCCAGGGCUGGUGACCCUGCAGAUCGGUGGCAACCCCUGGGUGUGCGGCUGCACCAUGGAACCGCUGCUGAAGUGGCUGCGGAACCGGAUCCAGCGCUGCACGGCAGAUUCUCAGCUGGCCGAGUGUCGGGGCCCCCCUGAAGUUGAGGGUGCCCCACUCUUCUCCCUCACCGAGGAGAGCUUCAAAGCCUGCCACCUGACGCUGACCCUGGAUGAUUACCUCUUCAUCGCCUUCGUGGGCUUCGUGGUCUCCAUCGCCUCCGUGGCCACCAACUUUCUUCUGGGCAUCACAGCCAACUGCUGCCACCGCUGGAGCAAAGCAAGUGAAGAGGAAGAGAUUUGA